CGCCGAUGGCAACGACGAAGCGCGCCGACGAUCCCAUGGCACCCACGAUGUACGAGAGCCCGCGCUUCUAUGUGGCAUUCCUCGGCCUCGGCCUUGGCUCGUGGGUCAUGUCCGACUUCGUCUUUGCCGAGGUCGCUGCGCUCGUCCAGCACACGCCAGAAGGACCCGCGAUUGGCGUCUACGUGAUUGCCGCGCUUCAAUCGGCCAAUAUCUUUCCGAUGCUCUACAUGCUCUUCAACAGCUCGCAGCAGCGCGUCUCGAUCCCAACCAUGAUUUGGUGGCUGCUUGCAUUUGGCGUGAUGGCAUGUCUGCUCUUGGCGACGACGUGGCACAUGACAUCAAGCGUCUUUGGAGAGCCCCGUAGUUCGGCGCUGCUCUUUUUCGUGUUUUGCGGCGGCAUUGUCAGCGCCACCUCCAGCGUCGUCUUUUACCCCUUUGUGUCCAUGUACCCCGCCAUCUCGACAAGUGCGUUGGCGACGGGCGAGAGCCUCGGUGCCGUUGUCGCGGGCGUUCUCGCGCUCCUGCAAGACGUGGGCAGUCCCGAGAUGCACUUUUCGAUCAGCACCUACUUUGCGUGCGCAGCGGUGGUGUUUUUGGUGUCGAUGGUGGCCUUUAGCUACCUGCGAACGUACGGGCGUCCCGAGACGCAGCUUUCCAACGAACGUGCGUGGCUCUUGGAUCCGACACAAACGUUUACGUGUCAAGAAGACUGGCACGUCGUUCGCGUCAUUGGCCAGCCCCUCGCGUGUCAAUUUGCUCUGGCAUGCUUUAGCUUCGCUGUCGUUCCCUCUGUGCUGCCGAUCCUUGGCUCCAAGUACAUGCAUAGCGGUACCGUGCUAAAAUGGGCGUCCGUCCUCGGCAUGCUCUGUGACCCCCUCGCCCGAUUCCUCACAACGUUUUACCAUACGCGUCGCGUCAGCAUUUUCACACUACUGGCGCUGGUUGCAGGCCUCUGCAUGGCCACCCAAGCAUCCGCCCGCGUACCGCUCUGGAGUCGUUCUCCGAAUGGCGGCAUCGUUGUGGUUCUCUUGCAUUGCUCGUACAUGUCGUUGGCAGGGUACACCCAAACGUGUUUGUACCAAGUCCUCCAAGAAAUGGACGUCGAGAACGUCAAGGCAGCGUACCAGUGGUCGGGAUUUGUGACGCAAAUGGGCGCGCUCUUGGGCACCAUCGUCACGUUUGGCCUCGUCGCGCUGACUAAUGUCUUUUCGAUGGCGUGAACAGUAGCGAAC